GUGCACAGACAAAGGCAUGGCUGUUGAUUGGUUGCCAGUCGGUCCAUUCACAUGUAAAUCAGACCUCAUAAAUGUCCCUCUUCAAUCGCCCACUUUACACAGUAGGCCUAUAUGUAGUGCUUGUUAGCGCAGACUUUUGUCUCGAAUUGAACCCGCCGACCAUCUGCCCCCCAUUCAGGCGUCCUCUCAGCGGUCUCAACUGCAGCAAUAUGGCCCCUGCGUCCCGCAGCAACAGCCACGAGGAGGACUAUUACGGGAUAAAAGACAGAAAGACGAGGAAACCGCUGGUGGAGAAAAAGAGACGCGCCCGAAUAAAUGAAAGUUUACAGGAGCUGAGGCUACUGCUAGCCGACCCGGAUGCGCAGGUGAAAAUGGAGAACGCCGAGGUGUUGGAAAUGACCGUGAAGCGCGUGGAAAGUAUUCUACAAAACAAAGCGACGGAGGCUGACAGCGUGAACCGCGAAGCUAACGAGCGAUUCGCCGCGGGCUACAUCCAGUGCAUGCACGAGGUGCACACCUUCGUGUCCAGCUGCCCGGGCAUCGACGCGACCAUAGCCGCAGAACUGCUGAACCACCUCUUGGAGUGCAUGCCUCUGAACGACGAGGACCGCUUUCAGGACAUCCUGUCAGAUCUCAUGACGGACUCUAGCCACGGAGACAGGAGCACCUCCUCUGCCUUGUCCCCGGCCCCCUCAACCACCUCCUCCAGCAGCGAUGACCUUUGCUCUGACCUGGAUGAUACAGACACGGAGCAAAGCCGCAUCUCGGUGGAUGCGAGGGAUCAAGCGCCAAGCGUGUACCUCUCCAAGGCCAUCUGGAGACCCUGGUAGACCGAUGCGCACGGCACCCCUGUCGAUUCAUGAACAUUUGAGUGCAUUGUUUUUUUAGUUUAGAGCUAUUAAAACCUGCAGUAGUCCAGGAUUGAGCACCUUUGUUGUAGACAUGUCUACAGUUGGAAUACGUUGCUUUUGUUGUCAUUUGUCAUCGACCAGUGGAUACCCCUCAGAAAGCUCUUCUUGGUGCAACAGUGUGCAUUUCAAUCCAGUUUCACACAGUUAGUUAGUUAUUUUUAUUUAAUUGUUUUCUAUUGUAUAAGCUAAGUUAAAACAACACUGUAAAAGGAUAAAUAAUAUUUAGGGAGUGUCUUCCCAUCUCUAAUUAUUGUACACUCUUAAAAUUAAAGGGUAUUUAUUGGCAUUAAUGGUUCCAUGAAGAACCGUUAACAUCCAUGAAAUCUUUCCCUUAAUUGCACAAGUUGUGUUUUAUUAGUAAAAAUUGGUUAUUUUAAGAACUGUUCGCUGAAAUGUUCUAAAUGUGGAAGCCAAAGUUCUUUAAUGACAUCACUGUGAAAACUCCCUUGUGGAACCUUUAUUUUUAAGAGUGUGGGCUAGGAUGUAAAUAUUUCAAUGUCGUGGCUGUAGAUAGAUAGACGUAGCCUAUGUAAUCUUUGUGAUAAAGGAAUUUAAAAUAAAUAAGUCAGAUCUAAUGACAUUUAAUGUGUUUUAUAUGUGAUUGUGACUUUACCCUUCAUUAAAAUAUCAUUUUGAUUUUCUUAUACUGUAAA